AUGCUAUUUAUCUUUGCCAUCUUGGGAUAUUCUGAUCUCCCAUCAUGGAGCCCACAGCCACGCUAUGACAAGAAUGGACAGCUCAUUCAAGGGUACACCAAGGAAAAGAAUGGGGAUACGACCACUGUAAAUUAUUUAUUAGAAGAUAAAACCCUUCUUAGAAACCCAGCGAUGGGAUACAUGAUUUAUGAAGAAGGAUGGUCAUUCGAUGGUAUAUAUGGCUACACACCAGAAAGAUUUUGGAAAGAAAUUGAAGGUUGCGGAGCCCAAACCUACAACAACAUUCUUUAUAUCCGCUUGCUUUGGGGAGAUAUGGAACCCGAAGAAGGAAAAUAUGCUUGGCUUUAUGAUGAUGGCUUCAAAAUGUAUAUCGAGAAGGCCAAGAAAUACAAUCUUAAAUUAGCCUUCCGUGUAUUCACACAUGGCCAGAAAGCCAUCCCACAGUAUGUCAAAGAUGCUGGUUGCAUUAUGAGUAACCAAUACCCAGUCGAUAACAAUCCACAGCCAAACUACGAUGAUCCUAUCUUCCUUGAGAAGCUUGAAAAGUUUGUCACCGCCUUUGCCGCUUACUUUGAUGAUCCAGAUUUAGUUGACUUUGUUGACAGCUACAACACAGGCCAUUGGGGCGAAGGAAACGGCCCAACAAUGAGAGAUGGCAGCAACCACAGAAUGGUUGUUGAUACCGUAACAGAUGUCUAUGCAACACAUUUCAAGAAAGUUUUAACUGUUUCAACAUUAGGAGACACAAACGUCCAAUUCAUGAAACCUCUUUCAUACGAAGGCCGCGGAUUCCUUCAACGCCGUGAUGGUCUUGGCAGCUCAUACUUUUCAUCAAACGAAAGAAACAUCAACAACGAUUUAUUCCUCAAUCACAGGAAACCAUUGAUUGGAGAGUCUUGCUACUGGUUUGCUGAUGGCGACGGAUCUACAUAUACAGCCUACAAAUCCAUGGGUUACAAAGAUUUCAGAGACUGCUUCACACAAACCAUCACAGAUAUGUAUAACAGCCACAGCAAUACAAUGGAUAUGCGCGUUCCUCUCCAGUGCAAGUACUACGUUGACAAUCUGCCAGAUCAGAUUCAGAGAUGGAUCACAAUCGGUGGAUACCGCCUUUAUCCAUCCAUGAUUUCAUACACGAAAGAUGGCAGCAAGCUCGCAAUCACACAUACUUGGAAGAACGCUGGAUGCGGCUUACUUCCCAACUACCAUCCAAACUGGGAUCACAAGUAUCAGGUCACAUUCGCCCUUUUGGAUAAGGACGGAAAGGCUGUUUACAAGUUCACCGACAUCAACGCAGAACCAGGUGACUGGUACAAGGAUCACGAGUACUCAUACUCAAUCUCUCACGAUGUCAGCUCUUCAAUCAAAGGAAAGUACACUUUGGCUGUUUCUGUCAGCGAUAAAACAAAGGACAAUAACCCUGGAAUUAAACUCUCAGUUUAUGAGCCAUGCAAGAAAGGAGAAUGGCUUGUCAUCGAUGAUGUCGAGUUUUAA